AGUGCUAGGACUGCACUGAUUGGAGGGGUCGGAACACAGUGGAUCACGUUUAUGCAUUUGGCUGGAAUGUUCCCCCUGCAAGAGGCACAACCAGGAUAGUAAGAGAAAGAAAGCACGAUUGGUUGGAAAGCGACGCUACUUCAAGCUUUCCUAUACAAAACGACUCUUCCUUGGAAAGUAUAUGUCGUUGCUACAGUUCCAUGUAGAUUUCCUAGCUGUAGCGACAAAAAUAUUUGGCUCAUCAACAAAGUCUGGAGAACGGAUUUAAAAAACGUUUACUGCACGAGAAAGCUAGGCUUGCAUGAUACUAUGCUGACUGAUCUUCCCUCCCCACUUUUGGAAUGACAUCGGUCUGGCCGCAGAUGAGAGCGACCAGUGCUGCUGACCAUCCACACGCUCUUCCUGGAUGUCUUCAGCUCUCUUAUAAGGAUUGUGGGCGAGAAGAACCAGUGAGAAGGUAGCUUUCCUUUUUCGGCCCUCUCAUAAAGCCUCCAUCCUCAGGGUGGGACCCGAUCACUCCCUCGACGACCACAGACGAACCGCGUAGUGGGGUUACGAAACUCCUUCAAGAAUUUUGCGGGAUGGCUGGGAUUCUAGCCCACAUGGCUGUUCUAGGAGCCUGCUUCGUCCUUACACUAAGAGCAGAAGGCGGACAGGACCCAGACUACGUGCUCCAGGGCACGGGGGUCAAGCACGGUCCAGGCCCCUGGAGGGCUCCGGGGCCCGGGGAAGGAGGGACGGUGUCCCCUGAGGACGCCCCGCGAUUCCUCAGUUGCUACUGCUCUGGACACUGCCCCAUGGACGCUACUAACAGCACCUGCAGGACAAACGGGCAGUGUUUCGCCAUCAUAGAGGAGGACGAGCAGGGAGAGGCCAUCCUGAGCUUCGGCUGCGUGAAAUAUGAAGGCUCUCACUUUCAGUGCAAGGAUUCCUCACUCUCCCAGACCAGACGGACCAUCCAGUGCUGCCAGACCGACUUCUGCAACCGCGACCUGCAGCCAGAGCUCCCCCCCCCUGUCACGCGAGAUCCGCUGUUCGGCAACGCCCACUGGAUCGCCAUUUUGAUAUCGGUUUCGGUGUGCUGCUGCACCCUCAUCGCCGUCUUGGUCGUCUGCUAUUACAGGUAUAAGUGGCAGGCGGAGAGGCGGCGGUAUCAGCGGGAGCUGGUGCGGGACGAGGCCUUCAUCCCGUCGGGAGAGUCGCUGAAGGACCUGAUGAGCCAGUCCAGCACAGGCAGCGGCCUGGGCCUCCCCUUACUGGUGCAGCGCACCAUCGCCAAGCAGAUCCAGAUGGUGCGGCAGAUCGGGAAGGGCCGGUACGGCGAGGUGUGGCUGGGCCGCUGGCGGGGGGAGAAGGUGGCCGUCAAGGUGUUCUUCACCCGCGAGGAGGCCAGCUGGUUCCGCGAGACCGAGAUCUACCAGACCGUCCUCAUGAGACACGAGAACAUCCUGGGGUUCAUCGCUGCCGACAUCAAGAGCACGGGCGCCUUCACGCAGCUGUUCCUCAUCACGGACUACCACGAGAACGGCUCCCUGUACGACUACCUGCGCUUCGCCACGCUGGACGCCAAGGCCCUGCUGCGCAUGGCCUACUCCACCGCCUGCGGCCUCUGCCACCUGCACACCGAGAUCUACGGCACGCAGGGCAAGCCCGCCAUCGCCCACCGCGACCUCAAGAGCAAGAACAUCCUCAUGAAGAAGAACGGCACCUGCUGCAUCGCCGACCUGGGGCUGGCUGUCAAAUUCAACAGUGAAACCAGCGAAGUGGAUAUCCCAAUCAGCUCACGGGUGGGCACCAGGCGAUACAUGGCCCCGGAGGUGCUGGACGACACCCUCAACAAGAACCAGUUCCAGGCAUACAUCAUGGCCGACAUCUACAGCUACAGCCUAAUUGUCUGGGAGAUGGCCCGCCGCUGCAUCACAGGAGGUAUAGCGGAAGAGUACCAGCCGCCGUACGGGGGCAUGGUGCCUGCGGACCCCUCCUUCGAGGACAUGAGGGAAGUGGUGUGUGUGAAAGGCCUGAGGCCCUCCGUGUCUAACCGCUGGAGCAGCGACGAGUGUCUCCGGGCUGUUCUGAAGCUGAUGUGCGAGUGCUGGACGCAGAGCCCCGCCUCUCGGCUAACGGCCCUGCGGGUGAAGAAGACCCUCGUCAAGAUGGUGGAGUCUCAGGACAUCAAGAUAUGAGACGCCGGUCCGUUUCGCUCCCGAGGACGGAGUUGCGAACUCGGGCGUGGUUUCUGAUGUCGCGGCUGCAAGGAAUUAAAGCUUCACCUCUAGGAACAGGAAAGGGAAAAAGGGGCAGGGAUAAAGGAGUGGAGAGAGGGAGGACCUGCCAGUGGCACCCCUCCCGCCCCCGUGUAUGGCGUUGACUCUGGCGCCCUCUGCCGGACAGCACUGCGGACUAUAAGGCUCAGGGUGAGCUCUUCGCUCCAUGGGCCUGAGCGCUGUCACAAUCCUCCCACACCCUCGGCCCCCCCUCCUUCUGAACCCAGACUCUCUGAGGGGGAGAGUGACGUCAGUGCUUUCUGUGAAAGCCACACGUUAUGUGUACACAUUCAUCAGGAACGAGGGAAACGUGACCGAGAACUAGGCGACCAUUCAAUCCCGAGUUUGAGUCGAUCGUUCGAUCUCUCGGUCGACCACAUCAGCUGCUGUAAGCCCCUGGCAGCUAUGAAUAGGGCAAGGACGGGCGAUUCACUGUCUGGUCAAAAUGACUUGGUGUGUGUCACAUGAACUUAGAAGAUGUAGCUUUUCUAUAAAGACAAUUGGGUUGGGGUUGGUUAACAAAAUGCUGUGCUUGAGUGUAAAGUUACGAGGUGAAUGCGUAAGGUCUGUGUGUGCUCUCUGCGCUCAACACCCAUCCUUGGCACUGGGCACAUUUCAGUAGGUACAGGUGGACACCUCAGUGCUCCGGUACAAAUGGAUGUUCAGUGUAAAAACCAGCUCCUUUCCACCCGUCUUCGAUGUUUCCUUUGGCAAUUUUCCACGUGGUAACCGGAUUUUCCACUUGUGCUGAUGCUCUCGAUCUGGAUGCUUUAUCUUCACUGACUUCCUUCAUGAAUAUUUACAAAAUAUUCCACAAAAUGAAAUCAACACUUUGAUGGCAUCAGAAAUCUGAUCUGAUACCAGAAGUCUGUGGUGCUGUCUAGGAAUAGUUCAACUCCUUAGAGUUAAUACUUUUAAUACCAUAAUACGUGUAUACAGGCUAGUCCCUGGUAGAGCCCCUCUAUUAACCGCCUUUGGCGCUUAACCCAUAACCCCUUCACCAUAUAUAGCGGUUGAGCUUAAUCUUUUAGCCACACAUUCAUGCCACGAAACCUCCCCUGUGGGACCAUAAAGGGGUGCAUAUGGUCAGCGACAAUACUUGGGUAUGCUGUGCUAUUUAAAUGAUGCUGAAUUUCUAUUAAAAUACGUACUAUGCAGGAUUGUUUGCCUUGCUAUGGUCCUGUGUUUACAAUCAGUCGUCUCUUCCGUCCUCAGCCCCGCUCGCCGGCCUGUUUUCAUACUUUAUAUCCCUUUUUAUGCCGUUUUUAUUUUUAUAUCGCAAAAAAACUAUUCUGUGGUUGACUGGUUUUUGAACUAGCCCUGCUGGCCUCUCAUUUUGCUUCACGUUACUUGUGCUUCUUCAACUCUGCCAUCACAGUAGCUGGCUAGCUACAAAAGCUCCGCUGACACCUGAUCCCGCCCCACAGGCUCUGUAGCUACACCACCACUUUCCACAAAGGAAAGAGCAUCAUGCCCAGUAACUUCCCAAACACAUCUUGGAUGACGAAGUACAGGUAGAGGAGCAAGGAUUUGGCAAAUGUGCCUCAUGGCUAUAACUGAGCAUGGUUAUUUUAUAUUUUCAAUGUCACAAUCCUGCAUAGUAUGCCUUUAAGGUGCCUAAUGUGUGCCAUGAAAACAUUCCCCACACCAUUUCACCACCACCACUAGCCUGUACUUUUGACACAAGGCUUUUGCUGUUUAUCCCAAGUUCCCAGCUUUUUCCACCUUCAUUCGGCCAGUUUUGGUAUUCACGUGCCCACUGUAGCUUAUAUCUUCCUCUUCUUAGCCGCCAAGUAUAACCAAAACUGGUCUUCUGCUGUUGCAGCUCAUCUGUUUCAAGGUACGAAGCAUUAUGCGUUCACAAAUUCCCUUCUUCACAACAAUGUUGGACAAAAGCUGUUCUAGCAUUUGUGCCGGAUGUUGGAAACCCGGUCUGCAGUUUUGCAUCUGUACUGAAGUCCAUUGUGUAGGUAAAUAAAAUUAGCUAUUUGUAGUGUAUGUUAAUGGGACACCCAAGCAGUACUAGUAUUUUCUCUCCUUUUUCUAUGUUAUAUAUGUGCAUAUAAGAAUAACCUCAACUAUAACUUCUUUGUAUUUUGUACAGCAUCUGGUCAAAGUAAAAUGUGCCUUAAUAUGUUUACCAAGGGGAAAUUAAAUGUUCAGUGCACAGAUUAUGUCCAAUUUAUCUUUUUAAUUAAAUAAGCUUAUUUUAGUACAAA